AUGAACUCUGCCAUCCGGGCCGUCGUCCGCACCGGGUUGUUCGUCAACUGCCGCGUCUUCUACGUGUACGACGGGUUCCGCGGGCUUGUCGACAAUCGCGUGCAGGAAGCCACCUGGGAGAGCGCGACGAGUUUGAUCCAGAAGGGCGGCUCGGUGCUCGGUGUCGCGCCCUGCGAGGAGUUCAAGACGCGCGAGGGAAGGCUCAAGGGCGCAAAAACCCUGGUCCUCCACGGCAUCAACAAUCUGAUCGUCAUCGGCGGCGGCGGGUCGAUGGAGGCGCUGCAGACGUUCAAGCAAGAAUGGCGCUCCCUUGUGCAAGAGCUGGUGAGCAAGGGCCUGGUGCCCGACAACAUGGGCAGGCCGCUGCAGGACCUGGGGGUUUGUGGAAUUCCGUGCGCCGUCACCAACGACAUCUGGGGCACGGAGAUGACGCUCGGGGCCGACUCGGCAUUGACACGCGUCAUCGACUCGGUGGACCACGUCGAGGCGUCGCUCAACUCGUCGCAGCGGGUCUUCAUCGUUGAGGUACUCGGCAAGCACUGCGGCUUCUUGGCGAUGACGGCCGGGUUGGCGGUGGAGGCCGACUUUGUGUUUGUGCCCGAGUGGCCGCCCGUGACGGAAUGGCGCGACGCGCUCACCGACAAGCUGCAACGCAUGGCACUGCUGGGCCGCCACCUGAACAUUAUCAUCGUUGCCGAGGGGGCUAUGGACAAUGAUGGGUCCCCGAUCAGCCCGUCAGUCAUCAGUCGCCUCAUCGAGACCACCCUCAAGUACCACUGCCAGGUGACCAGCCUUGGUCAUCUCCAGUACGGCGGCGUCCCGACGGCGUUCGAUCGUUGCCUUGGAGCGAGGAUGGGUGCUGAGGCGCUGCUCGCGUGUGCUCAGCGUCGCGAGGAUCAGAAGGGCGUCUUCGUCGCGUUGCGCGCUUCGCUCAUCGAACGUGGCCACCUGGGGCGUGCCGUGGAGAAGACGCUCGAAGCCGAGAAGGCGUAUAGGACCCGCGACUACGAGCGUUGCGUACAGCUUCGCGGUUCUCACUACAGCCAGAAGGGUCGCUUCCUCGAUCAGACCCUUGAAUGGGGCGACGUGAUCGGCUGGGUGUCGGAGGGUGGGUCGGCGUUGGGCACGUCUCGGCAGCUCGUCUCCGACCCGGACCGCCUCGCCGCCCACGUGCUCCUCCACAACAUCCGCGGCAUCGCCAUCAUUGGUGGAUUUGAGGCCUUCCAAUCGGCGCUGAUGAUCCGCGACUGGCGCGACGAGUACGACUCUUUCCGCAUUCCGAUCGUCGUCGUCCCGGCUACCAUCUCCGCGUUCAUCGUCGAGGUGCAGGGCGAGAACUCGGGCUAUCUGGCCACCAUCGGAGCCAUCGCCACCGGGGCCGACAAUGCCCACAUCUACGAGGAGAAGAUGCGCCAAGAGGACCUGGCGGCUGACGUUGAUUUCUCGACACGGCUGAACUACUUGGGCCACUCGGUGCAGGGCGGCAAGCCGAGCGCCUUUGACCGCAACUCGGCGUCCCGCUUCGGGGCCAAGGCGUUCGAGCGGAUGUUCUCCCAUUCCCGCCGCAACACCGCCGACAUCGAGCUGCUCGGCGUCCGUUUCGGCGACCAGGCGUACGCUGACGUCGGCAUGCUGGAGACGUUGGCCUGCUUUGUCCACACCAACGUCCGCAACCCUUGGUGGCUGACCACCCACGGCUUGAUGCGCGUGCUCGCCACCCAGGAGAAGUACAUGGCCGAGGCAAUCCCUCCGGAGCGCAGCUGCAACGCGAAGAACUACCAGACGUCGGCCGGCCAGCAGCCCGAGUUCAUCGGCCGC